GCCAAAUUGUUUUUCUGCAUUGUGCGUUGCUCUGACACAGACAACUGAUUAUGAGCAGCUGAAGUUACAGCGAGCGUCAAGAACAAGUUUAUUUCAAGUACACUGGAGUGGGUUUGAAUGAUUUAAAGCUGUGAUUCUGUUUAUAUAAGCCAAGCAUGAACCAUGUUGUUGUUGUUGUUGUUGUGUUCACAGAUCACCUGUCUGUCUGUUCUAACAGCAUGUCAGACCCUAAAACAGCUGGAGCUGAUGCUGGAUCAGUGGUGUCAGACCCUCAACACUCCCAAAAGCUUCUAAGGGUCCUUCAGUCUUUAAGACAAGAUGAUUGUUUUCAAGAUGCAGUGCUGGUUUUGGAUGGUGAAGAGAUUCCUGUUCAGAAAAACAUCCUGGCUGCUGCUAGUCCAUACAUCAGGACCAAAUUAAAUUACAACCCACCAAAGGAGGAUGGAUCUGUAUACAAAAUUGAGUUGCAAGGGAUUUCUGUCACGACCAUGAGGCAGAUACUGGACUACAUUUUCAGUGGGGAGAUUACCCUGAGUGAAGACACCAUCCAGGAUGUGGUCCAGGCUGCUGAUCUUCUGCUCCUCACUGAUCUCAAAUCUCUGUGCUGUCAGUUCCUGGAGAGCUGCAUCACUGCAGAGAACUGCAUUGGUAUUUGGGUCUUCUCUUUGCAUUACUGCCUGUACCAUGUCUACCAUGUGGCCACUGAGUACCUGCAGACACAUUUUCGAGAUGUGGCCAAUACAGAGGAGUUCCUGGAGCAGCCGCCCGAUCGCCUGUGUGAACUGCUGUCCAUGGAGAAGCUCAACGUGGGGAAUGAAAAGCACAUUCUGGAGGCCGUGGUUCGCUGGAUCGGCCAUGACACUGAAGCUCGGCGAGUCCAUAUGAAAGAGGUGAUGUCUGCCGUGUGGGUUCAAGGUCUGGACCAGAGCUAUCUCCAGGAGCAGAUACUCGGAGAGUCCCUGAUGAGGGAGGUGAUACGGAAUUGUUGUAUGGAGUCUCUGGGAGGAGCAGCGCAGCAGGGAGAGGCGCUGCUCGCUGCGUUUAAACCCCGUGGCUACUCUGAGUGUAUCGUCACCGUAGGGGGUGAGGAGAGGACCUCUCGGAGGCCCACGGCAGCAGCGCGAUGCAUGUGUCCGCUUUAUGACCGAAACAGGCAGCUCUGGAUAGAACUGAAACCAAUGAAUGAGAGGCGUGUUGGCCACGGGGUUGUGUCAGCAGAGGGGUUCCUGUUUGCAAUAGGAGGAAUGAAUGAGAAUAAAACUGUUUUGAACAGUGGAGAAAAAUUUGACCCAGAGACCAACACCUGGACCCAAAUCCCAACGAUGAUGCAGGCCAGACAGCACUUCGCCAUUGCAGAGUUGGAUGGUAUGAUCUAUGUCUUGGGUGGAGAGAACGAAGACACUGAGGUCCUCCUCACGAUGGAAGUGUUUGACCCCCAUUGCAAUGUUUGGAGAACACAACCAAAAAUGACCACAGUGCGCAAAUUCGGUUGCUGUGCCACAAUGAAAAAGAGACUGUAUGUGAUGGGCGGAGGAUCGUAUGGGAAGAUUUACGAUUCUGUGGAGAGCUAUGACCCCAAAACCCAGCAGUGGACAACAGUCUGCCCUCUUAAGGAAAGGAGGUUUGGCGCGGUGGCAUGUGGCAUUGGACAAGAGCUCUACGUAUUUGGUGGUGUGAGGAACAGAGACGCUGACAAUCCAGAAUCUAGUCAGAUGACCAUCUGCAAGUCUGAGUUCUUCCAUGAUGAACUAAAAAGGUGGGUGCAUUUGGAUGAUCAGAACCUCUGCAUACAGGCCACAUCGUCUUUUGUUUAUGGAGCUGUUCCCAUUGGUGCCAGUAUAUAUGUGGUUGGAGAACUUGACACUGGCACCAAUUUUGACUAUGUGCGGGAGUUUCGCAGAAGCACGGGCACCUGGCACCCCACCAGACCCCUCAUGCCCUCUGAUCUGAGUAAGACGAGCUGUGCCCCCCUACGCAUCGCUAACUGUAAGCUGUUCCGCCUGCAGCUCCAGCAGGGACAGUUCCGGAUCCGGGUUCAAUCCACAUAAACAACCCGCAUCCUCACCGCUGGCUUUAUGUCACUCCUCCGUUGUCUGUUGGUUUAGAGGAGGAUGCAGAGGAUUGUGGGAUUAUAUUGGCAACAGCAGAGGUUUGGUUAUAAUGUGGGAAAGCUUGAAUGAAUUGUCCUGUUUUUUUAUGUUUGAUGCCUUUCUUAGAGGAUGAAUUGUACAUCUUUUUUUUUUUUUGGUUCUUUUUUUAUCAGUCACAGGAAAUGCUGUUACAUUAGAUGGGACCUGCUCACUAUUUUCAUGCUUUAUAUGAAUGGAUUUUACCUAGAUGUUGUUGCAGCAGCUUAUUUGACGCUAACACUUUUGAACACGGUGAAGGAGGCCAAAAUUGCCUAUUUUAUACAAUAGUUAAGUCUUAAAUGUGGGUUCAGUAAGUAAGGGAACAAAUCAAAUCAAGAAUUAAUCAGGGCUAGUGGUAUGCUCAUAUCAAGCACAAUUAUGUUGCUAAUGCAAGUGUCUAGCUACUGUACAAUCAAAGGUGAAAUGACAUGUUAGAUUAUUGAAAUGAUUUAAAAUGUCAUCUCAUUGCCGAUAAUUGAGCUUGAAUUUUAAGUUUGCUGUUAUUUGUAUAUAUUUAUAAUUUUAAAUAUUACACGUGUGUAUGUGUAUAUAUAUAUAUAUAUAUAUAUAUACAGUCAUGGCCAAAAAUAUCAGCACCCUUGGUAAAUAUGAUCAAAGAAGGCUGUGAAAAUUAAUCUGCAUUGUUAAUCCUUUUGAUCUUUUAUUUAAAAACUUCACAAAAAUCUAACCUUUCAUUGGAUCAUAAGAAUUUAAAAUGGGGGGAAAUAUCAUUAUGAAAUAAAUGUUUUUCUUAAAUACACGUUGGACACAAUUAUUGGCACCCCUAGAAAUUCUUAUGAGUAAAAUAUCUCUGAAGUAUAUUCCCAUUCAUCUUAUAAUGGGCCAUGUUUGGAUCUUCCAACUGUACAAUAAUCCAAACACAAACCUCAAAAACAACACAAAAAUGGGUCACUGAGCACAAAACCAAGCUUCUGCUGGCCAUUCCAGUCCUCUGACCUGAACCCUGUAGAAAAUGAGUGAACUGAAGAGAAGAAGCACCAACAUGGAGCUGGGAAUCUAAAGGGUCUGGAGUGAUUCUGGAUGAAGGAAUCAUCUCUGAUCUCUUGUCAGGUGUUCUCUAACCUCAUCAGGCAUUAUAGGAGAAAAUUUAGAGCUGUUAAACUGGCAAAUGGAGGUUUCAAAAAGUAUUGAAUAAAAGGGUGCCGUUGUGGCCAACGUGUAUUAGAGAAAAACAUUUAUUUCAUAAUGAUAUUUCCCCC